AUGCGGACGCUUUUGUUGUUGUACAUCGCGACUUUUGUGUAUUGUGAGCAUAAAAGUGAUUUUAAGCAUGUGCGGCACAGUGGUAGAACGCUGAUAAGGCAUGGCAGGUCGCGCGUGCAUUUCACGCGAAUGCACCCGCGGACACGCGAGUUGGUCGCCCAAACAGACAAAAAUUUUUUUAAUCACAUUUUUGUGUUUGACCCGAUAGUGUCAGCUUUAAGACCUUACGGUGUGCCUGACGAAGACGAAGCACAAAAAGACAGCACAGCCGAUGUUUUUCAAAAAUUAUUCGGUAACAUCACAUCUAACAUAAAAUCAGAAGUGACUACAGAGGACUCAUCACUUAUCGACCAUUUUAUAAAUGUAGAACAUAGUUACGACAAUGACACAAGAAGAAUGACUAUGGAAGACAUAUUAGCUGAACCAGCCAAAGAAUUAUCGAAUGAAACUUUGAAUGAAGCUGAUAACGCGACAAUCGCUAAGCCGGCACACGAAGAUGUCGUCACAAAAUUUCUUAGAUUGAUAGAAACUCAACAUCUCUUAGGGGAGAAUUGUACGGCUGGUACUCAUUUGAAUUUAGGUGUAGGUGUAGUCGAUAGGUACGCUCAAGAAAGAUUUAGGAUAGAAGCAGACGUGGCUGUUAACAGAGCUAAUAUGUUGACAAGACUGUGGAAGUACGCGGGUCCUUCAGUGAUGUACAAUGAGUAUUUGUUGCAUGCGAGUUUGUUCUCGAUGGUGGAGUUUGAUGACGACAUUUUUGCGGCUGGUAACUGUUACGAUCAAUAUCAAUAUAAGAAUUACCAACUUUUUUGCCCGUUUGCAUAUCGUCUGCCUGAGGGGCCUAUAUUGGCGAAGGAUCUGGCUGUUGAAUAUAAAUAUUUGAGCAAUACCUCGGAAUGGUUCUACAUAGCGAGAAAGAACGCCGAGCGCGUGAUAAGAAACCACAAUCAGUUCAAGAGAGGUUACAACUCGUACACGUUCAACGACACAGCCCACUCUGAUCGCGAGCCUGACGAGAUCCUGUCAGUGGUUUACGAAGACGGCAAAUGGUCCAAACCUUACUAUGACUGCGGGGGUGGUAACAUUUGGAUGCUGACAUACACUGUCCCCUUUUUUGGGUACAGCAACGGAUCAUAUUUCUUCAAGGGAACCAGCGGUAUCGACAUAGACUUGAGAAGAGUGGAUAUCGACCAGUGUCCACUCCAACCUGGCUCCACCCAGCUGAACAUCUUUGCUGGUACCGACAAAUGCAAGAAGAAGACCACUGAGUGUGUUCCCGUGCCUGGACUGGGGUUCCGCCGAGGAUCCUACAGGUGCGUCUGCAGACGAGGGUUCUACUUCCCCAACACCACCGCUGAACUACGCUACUACAAUGGAAGCGACAUCGAGGAGGAGUAUGAGAAACAUUUGCUGCAACAAAGAAGUCUCUACUCCAGCACGAAUGCGUUCGAAUGUCUCCCCUGUGCUGAGGGCUGUGAAGCCUGUCUGGAUGGGUCGCCGUGUGUGGCCGCCCUAAAUUGGGUGGUCAGGACUACCAUUUUCGCUUUGGCCUGCCUGGUCAUAUCCUGCCUGCCUUUCAUAGUCUACUUCACUAUUAAAUAUGGACAUGUUCGGGUGGUACGAGCCGCAAGUCCAGCUCUUCUCAGGGUCAUCGUCCUCGGAGCCUUGCUGAUUUACUGCACAACCCUGGUCAUGUACGGCAGACCUACAGUCUUCACCUGCACAGCCAGGGUUUGGCUUAGAGAAGUUGGCUUCUGCCUCACAUAUGGUGCUCUCAUGCUGAAAACUUGGCGAAUAUCGGUGAUCUUCCAAGUGCGUUCGGCCAAAGCUGUCAAGAUAUCAGACAUGUAUCUGCUCCGGCGCAUUGGCGUGAUCGUCGGCGUCGCUUGCGUUCUGCUCUCCAUAAGAACGCUGGUGGCGCCGCCCGCCGUCAUCGUGGGCAGAACUAAAGAGGACUUGAAAGCGUAUUUAUGCAACACGGAUUGGUGGGACCACUCUUUCACUACUUUGGAGGUGAUAUUCCUGGUCUGGGGAAUCCGACUCUGCAUAGUGGUUAGGAAGGCGCCUUCGGAGUUCAACGAGAGCAGGUUCAUAUCCAUGGCGAUCUACAAUGAGUUCCUGUUAUCUGUCUUCCUAAAUAUUUCUAUGUUAUUCCUUCAAUCGCCAGCGAACCCUGACCUCUUGUACAUAAUAUUCUUCUGUCACACCCAACUCACCGUCACGUUGCUUCUGUGUUUCAUUUUUGGAAGUAAGGCGUACAUGGUGUACAAAGGCCAUGGUAAGGACGACCGGGAGAAGACUGGGAAGUUCAGAUCCAGGCCAGCAGAGUCUACCUACACCAUGACCACGAACAGAAGCGCAAGGUUCUGUGAUAACAUGAGCGAAAGAGAAUUAGAGGAGGAGUUCAGAAAGAUUUGCAAUCAACUAGAAAAACUACGAGAAAGAUGCGGUAAGUACACAAUUGUAGCCCGUCGCAUCACUGCCAUGCAAGAUGCGGCUGCUAUUCACGAGCGCAAACCAGCUACCGCAGACUCCGCGCCUCUCAAACUCAACACAGUAUUCAGCGCAGUCGCUGAUCGCCUCAUGUGCACAGUGACACCAGCUGAAGAGUCAAGCAGUAGCGGCAGAGACCUACCAUUCGAAGCCCCGCCAGCAUACAGGCACAAAACAUUUAGCCCAACAAAAAGUGUUGAAGUCAGCAACACAGAACAAAGCCAAACGGACGUUACAGUAGCUACUGAUUCCCCUAAACGUAAAGCAGAAGUCAACGAAGACACUGAUGAGAAACAAAACGGUGUUUUCAAAAUUUCUGGUGAAGCUAAUUGUAGUGAUAUAAGACCCCCAGAAGUAGCAGGUCAAAACGGGUUUAGUAGUAAAAGUGAGAAGGCCACUGAAACUAAAUCUAGUUCAGGUAGUACAGAAACUGUCAGAGGAGUCAGGUCAGGUCAUGCGAGAACUCACGCUAUUAUUAUAAACUUAGAUGAUAAAAGUCGGUUUACAGAAGAGGUGACUGUUUAA